AGACGCUCGGUUUUGAUUUUUGCAACAGAACAAAGAGAAACAACCUGCUUCUCCAGCCUGUUUGUGAACACAUCUGGAAGUUUUCUGUAUCUUUUUUAAAGCAAAGACAUAUAAAAGAGACAAGGACAGAAAAAUAUGAUUUCUUGUUCUAACCAAAGACUUCAGUCUUUGCUUUGUGGAUGCCUGACUUUUCUUGUUUUGACCUCUGUUGUGAAAGCAGAAGGUCGAGUGUUCAUCUUGAGCCUGAGGAACUUGCAGGGCUUCAGGGAAGCUGAGCAGGCGUGUGCCUCACAACAUGCCCGUUUGGCAUCAGCGGAGGAGCUCCGUCAAGCUGUGGUGGGGUGCUUCUUCUCUCACUGUACCCGUGGAUGGCUUUAUGGAGCCACAGUGGGGACCACAGUUUGUAACACUGAUGGGAGCUCACUUAAAGCAGUUGAUGUGAAGACGGAAAAUGCUACAGAAGAAACUGCACAUCUAAGUGCCUUCUGCAUAAAAGACAAAGUUGCGGCUUGUGGAGACCCUCCAUCCUUCCCCUAUGCUCGUCUGCAAGAUCACUCAGGGUCUGAGAUGGGAGACGAGCUUCUGUAUAUGUGUGCGCCCGGUUACAUGAUGCCCAGUGGUCAUACCUCCUUCAGCCUGCUGUGUGACAGCUGUGGGGAGUGGUACGGGACUGUGCAGAUCUGUGUUAAAGAUGCAGCGGAAACCCAUUUAGAUUAUGAAGAUAACUUUGAAGAUUCCUUUGAAAAGACAGAUCACAAUCAUGACAGUCAUGAAGAGGUAUUUGGUGACACAUUUGAGAAUGGGAAGAGGAUUCUCCAACAGCAGGAGACAAGAUUUUGGGUAAACAUAGGGGACGAUCACAAGGAUCAGCUGGAGGUGCACAACUCUGGGCCAAAGGUGAUCAACAACAGUAGAACCUUUGAAGGAAUUGUGGAGGACAUAGCAAAAAGAGAAGAUGAUUUCACAAUCCAUCCAAGGUUUGCACAGGACAGGGACAAGUUGGUCCAAGUUGGUGCAGCUGAAGCCACAAAGGAGCCUGUAUCUCUUCUCUCCCAAAAACACAUGUUCUGGUUCCCUUCUGAGGCUUUCCAGGAGGAGGUACCUCCCUUCACCGGCGACUCAGUCACACAAGCAACACAGAGAGCCUCUGGGGGCCAGUCUGAGGAAAGCAAAGAAAACGAGAGCAGAGAAAGGGUUGAAAGCAUCAAACCUGUUGAUGAUCAUGAUCAUGAUGACCCCGACGAUCAACAUGACCACGAUGACCAACAUGAUGACCAUGAUGAUCAUCGUCAUGAUCAUGAUGAUCAUGAUGACCCCGACGAUCAACAUGAUGACCACGAUGACCAACAUGAUGACCAUGAUGAUCAUCGUCAUGAUCAUGAUGACCAGGACGAUGAACAUGAUGACCAUCAUGAUGACCAUGAUGAUCAUCACGAUGAUCAUGAUCAUGAUGAUCAUGAUGACCAUGACGAUCAACAUGAUGACCACGAUGACCAACAUGAUGACCAUGAUGAUCAUCCCGAUNAUCACGAUGAUCAUGAUCAUGAUGAUCAUGAUGACCAUGACGAUCAACAUGAUGACCACGAUGACCAACAUGAUGACCAUGAUGAUCAUCCCGAUAAUCAUGAUCACCAUGACGAUCAUCAUGAUGACCAUCACGAUCAUCAUGAUGAUCAGGAUGACCCUGACGAUCAUCAUGAUGACCCUGACGAUCAUCAUGAUGAUCAGGAUGACCCUGACGAUCAUCACGAUGACCCUGACGAUCAUCAUGAUGAUCAGGAUGACCCCGACGAUCAUCACGAUGAUCAUGAUGACCCUGACGAUCAUCACGAUGAUCAUGAUGACCGUCACGAUCAUCAUGAUGACCGUGACGAUCAUCAUGAUGACCAUGAUGAUCAUCAUGAUGAUCAGGAUGACCCCGACGAUCAUCACGAUGAUCAUGAUGACCAUGACGAUCAUCAUGACAAAGAUGAUCAUGAUGACAGCCACCAUGAUGAGCUGGAUAUCCAUGAAGAUGAGGACACUGACAAUCCCGAUGAUCAAGACAGUCACCAGGAAGAGGACUUUGAUGACCAUAGACCUGAUCGACACAAAGACGAUGAUGAUCAUGAUGACCAUUAUGACAUGGAUGAAGAUGAUGACCAUAAUCCCCCUCACCAUGGCACCAAGAAGAAUGACGAUCGAGAUGAUCUAUAUGACGAUCACCAUAGUAAAGAGGAUCAUGAUGAUGAACGCAGGGAUGACGAUAGAGAACACCCUGAUAAUUCUGAGGAACAUCCAACAAGUGAUGAUCAUGAUGAUGGAGAAGCGCAUUACGAUCUUGAUGAAGAUGAUCUCCACAAUCUUGAAGACAGAAACAAGGAGAGCUAUGAUGAUCACGAUAGUCGUGAAGACGAUACCGAUCACCCACAUGUAAUUAUUACUGUAGGCGCUGAGCGGCGCCUAAACAUCACCCAGAAGGAAGAAGGACAUAAGACCAAAGGAAAUACCUGGCUGGAUGGUUAUCCUGUUGAUCUGCUUGAUUCCACUAAAAGACAGAUGAGACCCAGUGUGGUAAAAACAACAAAUACACCCAAUAAGGGAGACACACAUAAGCAAGUUCCUCCCAUCAGUUUGUCAGAUGAAGAUAAAUCCCUCACUACAGCCCCUAAAUCAGAUCAAGGCAAGGUGAAAAAAGGUGUGUCAGCUACCUCACCUGACCGUGUAGAGCAUUCAAACCCCCCCUCAUACUCAGACUACCUGGAUUACGGCACACAACAAGCUGCUCCCACCCACUCCUGGCUGAACGACCUCACCGGUCAUCCCUUCCUCGAUCAUGGCCCAGCUCCUCCGAUGCACGACCUUGACCCCUUCCCUGGAGCAAUUGAGGAGCACAUUGUGGAGAACCUGCCAGGUGAGAUGGGUGAGAUGGAAGGAGAGAAGAGGCAGACAAUAUGUGUGGGUGAGGACUGUCCCCCCAACCCUCCAAGCUCAACCAGUCAAGGGGCGAAGGUUGCGGCCAUCAUUGUGGCAGUGUGCGCCGUGGCCACGGCAGUCAUAGUAGGGUUGUGGUGUUUCCGACGGAGACAGCAGAAGAGUUCAAUAUAUGAGAUGAACGGGAAACAGAACCAACAGAUAGAGAUGGAGCAGAAAGUGUAGAAGAUGGAGAAUAAGGACAUUGCUGAAGAGCAGAAACGUUACAGAAAGAUUAAGGAUGAUAAGCAGAAGAAAUGUAGUUUUCUUGAUCAUGUUUGUCACUAUUGCAGAUGUGAACACUUUGCUUCUGUGCUGCUUCUGUGAAAAAAAGCUUUGCUGAGUUAGAUACAAAAUAUUCCAAUAGUAACAGGAACUAUUGAAUGGUAACAGUUGACGAUGCAAUAGUUCCUCACUCUUCAGUUAUAUAAAGAUUAAAAAAACAAGUAUCAAUUACUUUUAAAUGUCUGCUUGUAGCUGGAUGCAAAUGGGCUGUGCCUAAAACUGGAACCCCCUAAAAAUAUAUGACUUUAGGGAAACCAUUAUACACGGCUGUUUGCCUCCAUAAUUCUAAAGAGGAGGAUUCUGGGUGAGGAUUUCAACUUUAAAGGUAGUGAACAUUUUAAUGAAUAUUGUGUUACCUUAGUUUUGGUUGUUGUUUUUUAAUGUUUGGAGUACCUAGAUGCAUGUUUCUCUAAAUCAGGAGCGCCAAAUCUGCUUCCUGCUUAUACAUACUUUAGAUGUGUUUCAUUUUCUCUUCCCUGAUUUCGCAUAAUUGUUCCUGUAUAACAAAAAAUCUUUAGCCAUUUGAAUCAGGCUGGUUGGGACAAUCUUGUUAAAACUCCCACAGUGAAUCGUCUCUGGUUAUAAAGGAGUUGCCAGGUGUUCUUUUAGGAUUAACUAACAGGACCAACAUUAGCAGAUAGCAAUGGCUGGACUAUUGCAGGGGUCCCAAUAAUGGCCCUUUUAAGAUACUUUUCUAGUGACUUUUAGUUGAGCGCUUGGUCUAACUCACAUCAAUCAAAUAACUGGCUCAUCACCAGGCCUCUGCAGAACCUGAGGAGAUAAUGUAGAUGUUUGAUCCUGUUGUGUUACAGUAGGGAUAUUUUUAAAAGUUGCAGGGCAGCAGUUUUCUGUCAGAAUAGAUGAAAGCCCUUGAAUGUUGUAAAUCCAGAAUGGAGAAGACAAAUCAUGUGACUGUUUUUUUUUUUUUACUCUCUGUGAUAGCUAGCUUAUAAAACAUAUAGGAUGUAUUCAAAAUAAUUGUGCAGCAAUGGCUCAUUAGUCUCAGAUAUCAAAAAUACAUUUUAUUAAUUGUUCUUUUAGGGUUUUAUGUGACCAUACAACUUUAAUAAAUGUCAAAUGCAACAAUUAGCUGAAUAUGUUUAAAUUUGAAGUAGAUUUCCCAUACAGGUUAAACUACAUAAAUUCAGGAGUAUAUUCAUAAACCCUACUAAUGUUUAUUGCCUGUGCUACAUUGUGACAAAACAUUUGCUAUAGCCAAUAAUAAUCUGCUUUAUUACGCCUGGAUGUUUGACUAUUCCUCCUAUCCGAAUAGAAGGAGCUAAUUUGAACUGGUAGUUUUAUCUGGUAUGGAUCAUGUGUAUUAGCGUUGUUUAAGAUAAGGCUAUAAAGACCUGUUGUAAAAAGUCAAUGUUAGCCAGCUUUGUCAAUUUCAAAACAGAAAUUAAUUACUUUAGGGUUCAAUAUCCUGUUAGAAGCCUUCUUUGAAAAUUACCAUAAACAUAAUAUAAAGUGUAAAUAAUAAUUAUUUCUAUUUUAACCUUAGCAUAGAACCAUAUUAUGCAGUGUUAUUGGUUGUAAAUAAAUCAGCAAGUCAUAAUCCCAUCUUUUAUAGCAGCCUACACACGUGUAAUUCUAAUGUUUUAAUAAACUUUCUGAAAAGUUUUAUAGUUUUAAACAUAUUAUCAUUUCAGACGGACCUGAUUUUUUCCCCCCUCCACUUAACUUAAGAAUGCAAGACAAGCAAUACUCAAAAGUAAAAUUUGAAUUAAUUACUUCUUUAAAUAAGAAAAGAGGGAAACCCAUUCUUAAGGGGUAAAUGUUAAGUCAUAGUAA